CGGGGCUGCUCCGGGAAGCGAUGAUGCAGGAGCUCUGAGGCUCUGUCCGCUCGCCUGGAUGCGCGAAAUAAAAUCAUGCCGCAGCCCAAAUCCCGGAAAAUCGCUGUGUUGGGUUACAGGUCGGUGGGGAAGUCGUCUCUCACCAUCCAGUUUGUGGAGGGACAGUUUGUGGACUCCUAUGACCCCACCAUAGAGAACACGUUUACCAAGACGAUGACCGUGAACGGUCAGGAGUACAACCUGCAGCUGGUCGACACGGCCGGUCAGGAUGAGUACUCCAUCUUCCCUCAGAGUUACACCAUCGAUGUUGACGGUUACAUCCUCAUUUAUUCUGUCACAUCCUACAAAAGUUUUGAGGUGGUCAGAGUGAUCCACGAGAAGCUGCUCGACAUGGUUGGAAAUGUCCAAGUGCCAAUGAUUUUAGUGGGAAACAAGAAAGACUUACACAUGGAGAGAGUGAUCAGUUACGAGGAGGGGAAAGCUCUGGCAGAGUCGUGGAACGCUGCCUUCCUCGAGUCUUCAGCCAAAGAAAACCAGACGGCGGUGGAGGUGUUCAGGAGGAUGAUCCUGGAGGUGGAGAAGAUGGAGGCGGGUCAGCCGCAGAGUCGGACACCCUGCUCUGUGAUGUAGCUUCCAGAAACUCUGGUCCCAUCACCGUCCACUGCAGCGACUGACGGCUCAGCAGGCAGGAGAGACCACCUCUGAGGUCCAGUUACUGUUAGCUUCCAUGUUCGUCCUGAUAUAUUCUGUUUGCUCCCUAUGAAGUUUACACCAAACUCUGUAUUAGAAAACUAAAACACAUGACUGCGGUUUCCUGUCCAUGAGCCCAGAGAAGCACGGCCUCAUGGGAGAUGUAGUUGUUAAAUGCCAUCGAAAUAAUCACUGCUUUAUCCUCAUUACACUUGAUGAUGGACAGAAAACCUCAGGAGCAUGUUUCACAUUUUCAGAGAGAAUCUGUAAACUCAGUGCUGAUGUUUAAAACCUGAACUGUGAACUGUACACUCUCCAAACAUCAGCUCUGAGCUGGAAGGACAUUUUACUGGCUUUACAGGGACUUGUUUAAAUUUUUCUUGCUCAGUGAAAAAACAGUGGAGAGCCGUGGUGAGAGUUGAUUUUACUGAAAGUAAUACUUCCUUUGUUUCUGCUGAAUAUGCUGUAAGACACUGAGGGUCUGUAAAAUGCAUCAAGUCUUCUUUCAUCACCUCGGCAUAGUGGCUAAUUUGCAGGACAAGACUAAAUUAAUAGAUUUUCAAAUGGGGUUUGGUAUGAUGUCUGCUGCAUAUCAAGGAGGACCAGGAAUAAAACACCUGAGUGGGACAUUCGUUUAAUCAGAGAGCAGAAAUUACUGAGAUGCUCACAGAAAAAACAAGACAUGAACAAAAAUAUAUUUAUGGCUGAAGCUGAGAGAAAAGUUGGAAAAAGAAAAACUGUGACUCUGGUUCUCAGGACGAGGUCAGGACUGUAGGUUAUAGUUGCAUCAUCGGUUAAACUGAUUUAAUGGCAUUAUUCAGCAGCGUAUCACAUUUAUUAAAGACCACACGUUUCUCAUAUCAGUUAAUGAGGCAACAAUAGAAGCUGGUCUCCGCUGCUCCCCUCAAAUCAUCACUCUUCUGUAUUAAAAAGAAAAAAAACUUUUUAUAUGCACAAAAAAAAAGAAGGAAAGAAAAAAGAAGAAAUAUUUCAGUUUUUACGGUUGUUCUCAUUAAAGCUAU